GCCAAUGUGCUCACUUGGACAGGAAGAGAAAGCUAGUCCGUCUAUGCCAGUGUAAAUUGGGUACGGGUCUGUUUACACUGGGGGAAACCAAUGUCUCACGGUCUUCCAGAGCAGAAAUCAGGGUCGGGUCUGUCGACACUGGCGGAAAUCGGAUGCAGCGCCCCAGCCACUGGUCUGAGAACACAAUCCCAGGUCCGCAGGCUUGGUGAGAACAAAAAGUAAAAGCAAACGCCCCGCCACCACCUUGCCUUGCUUCGGAGGGAGGAGCCCUGCGCCCCCGCCCCCAUUACCGCCCAGGUGAGGGCACCUGCGCGCUGGGCGCGCCUGCGGGAGGUCGGACAAAGGCGGCGCCAGCAUGGCUCUCAGCGCGGCCGACAAAGGCUCCGGCACCAAGCCCCUGGAACCACUAGUCUGCUGUCUUUGUGGACUGUGUACUCUGAAUAGCCCACACGACUGGACCCAUACGGAUCUGGAAUCCCUUGACAUGUAUAUCCAGAACACACUGUCUGCCCUCUACCCACCUUUUGAGGCCACGGCAGCCACUGUACUCUGGCAGCUGUUCAGCGUGGCAGAGAGACUCCAUGGUGGGGAUGGGCUGCGCUGCCUCACUGACUUCCUCAUUCCAGCCAAGAGGGCCCUACAGCACCUGCAGCAGGAAGCCUGUGCCAGGUACACGGGCCUCAUCUUCUUCCACGAAGGCUGGCCGCUGUGCAUCCAUGAGAAGGUGGUGGUGCAGCUGGCGUCCCUCCGCGGAGUCAGGCUCAGGCCUGGGGACUUCUACCUGCAAGUCACAUCAGUGGGGAAGCAGUCAGCCAGGUUGGUUUUAAAAUGCCUCUCCCAGCUUGGCCGGGGCUCGGAAGAAGUCACUGUCCCCGAGGCCAUGUACGGCUGUGUCUUCACGGGAGAGUUCCUGGAAUGGCUGAAUGGGGAGCGGAACAGUGUCCCCUUACAAAACUGCUUGCUGACCUCAGGCUCCGCCGUCUUCCGCACCCCAUGGAGCAAUGUCACAGACCCCAUCUUUGUGCCCACAUUCAGAACUGUCCUGCCCCCCUGCAGCUGUCCUGGGCCUGAGCAGCCACCCUCCAGGAGCACCUCCAGAGCUCUGGCCCCAGCACCAGCCAUGGCCAACACCCGUCCCUGGGAGACCACCCCUUCUAGCAACACCCCAACCCCGUCCCACUGCCGUCGGCAUCCUGGCAGUGACCAGUCCAGCCACCAACCUUCCCCAGGAGGAGCUGGGUUGGAAGGCCCUAGGAGCCCAUUUGGGAGCUCCAACAGAGACCUUAUAGGGGUUGGGCCCUCACAGCCGGGCCCAUGCGAAGGACCAAGAAGGAGCCUGGACGCCACGGACAAAAGGGACGGCCCCCAGGUCCUCACUGUCUGUGAGGACAGGGGCAGCCCAAGCUGCAGAAGGCAGUUGCCCAGGGACCCAGCCUGCAUGGAGGCCAGACGCUGGUUCAGAAAGUCCUACAUGGAAGCCCUGCGGAACCCCAUGCCUCUGGGCUCCAGUUCCGAAGAGUCCCUUGGGGACGAGGCCUGCAGCUCCCAGACCACGGGGGCCAGGGCAGCAGCCAGCCCAACCGAGAAGGAAACGCCCAGCUCCUGGGGUGACUCCGUGGAGAUCCCACAUCAGGAAAAACGUCCAGGAGCCACAAGGAGCACCCUUCCCAGGAGGUCUCGGUCCUGGGACAGGUCCCUCAGGAGCUGGCGAGGUGACACACGGCGGGCCUCCCAGCACUCAGUCAGCAGCAGGCUGGGAGGUCUCUUAGGAGGACAAGCCGAGGGGACCAGAAGUGCAGGCUCCAGCUGUCCCCCAUGCACCCCAGCAGAGAGUCCAGCUGGUGUCGACAGAGACAGCAGCACCUUCCGAGGGCAUGAUCCUGGCCGGAUUUCAGACGUGCUUGUUGAGCCGCUGUGCCCUAAGAGAGGAGGACAGCCACCCAGCACGGGAGAUGUGCCCAACCAGAUGCCUAGGCAGGUGCUGGAGGUCAGCCAGGAGCUCCUGCACUCCGGGGUCAUCACCCUCCCAGGGACCCGAGACCACCAGGGGAGAGCAGUGGUGCAGGUGUGCGCGAGGGGCCCGCUCUGGUCCAGCAAACACACCUCCAGCUUCGAGCUGACCCGCCUGUUGCAGUACUUCCACGGCAUCCCCAGGAAAGAGGUGCAGGAGCUGGGGCUGGUCAUCCUGGUGGACGCUCGCGAGGGUCCGGCUGCCCCUGCUCUCUUCCAGGCUCUGACAGCACUGCAGAACGCAUCUCCUUCCAUAAUCCAUAGUAUUGUGAUGUUGGUGAAUAAAGAAUCAGGAUUUAGGCCUGACAAGGACGGGACAAUUCAGUGUGAGGUGGUAGGCUCCCUGAAGGCCUUGCACAAGCUUGUUGACAGCUCGCAGCUGACCGCAGACCUCGAUGGCUCCUUUCCCUACAGCCACAGUGACUGGAUCUCCUUCCGUAGGAAGCUGGAGCCCUUCACCACAAAUUGCAAGGAUGCCAUUGUUUUCCUACAAAAUUCAGUCCACUCCCUGAAUACCCCCAGGACUCUAAGCACAGCACAGGAGGUCACAGACUUAAUCGGCAAGCAUAAAGCAACGAUGAAGUUUGUGCUGGAAGACGCACUUCUGGUCGCCCUCCGGCUGGAGGGGGGCACCAUGCUGGCGCGCCUGAGGAGGGAGCAGCUUGGUACCAGCCAAGACUGCCGGGAUGCCAUCGAGGUCGCCUCCAGGCUGUAUGACCAAGUGGACGAAGAGGUCCAUCGGCUUGUCCUCGCCUCCAACAGGUGUCUGCAGGAGCUGGAGGGACUUCGGGAAGUGAGGACGCUCCAGGAGGGACAAGGCCACGUAGAUGGCUGGGUGCAGCAGUGCGCUGAGCGCCUGGAGCACCUGGGCCCGGAGCCGGUCACCGAGUAUCUGAAGAGCUGUCACCAGGAGACCACAGAGCUGACCGCACAGAGCUUCCCCGGGGCCAGCACAGUGGCGGCCGGCCUGGGCAGCCAGCGGGUGCUGCGUCAGUGGCACACCUUAGGGCUGCAGAGCCCACGGGCCCGACUCUGCUUCCAAGAGGCCCUGUCUGACUCCCUGCCUCUGGACCAGAGACCCCUGAAGCAUGAGCUUGCCCAGGAGGCCGAGAGGAGGCACUGUGAGCCAUCCUGGAUGCCCCCCACUGACCCGGAGGGCCACGCUGGGGAGCGGGCCCACCUGCUGCCUGGCCUCCCUGAACAAGCCUCUCUGUGCAGGCAGGAGGGUGAACAUCUGGCCCCAGGUGUGCUUUCCCCACAUGACAGCCCCACCUGCCCCUCUGAGCCCAACCAGACACCCACCACCCACCCCAGGAAACAUCCCCUGAAGAAAAUUAUGAGGAAAACACGAAGCUUUGAGAUUGCUCAGCUUGACAGUGGCCCCAGGGACGCCCACGGGCCAGGCCACACCGGGGUCUUCAUCAGGGGCCUAGAGGUGACCAGCACCAUGGCCUCCGAGAAGAAGCCCCCACCAAGGCCACACGCUGAGAGCCCCCUGGUCACUCGGAACCGGAGUGUGUCCUCUCCCUCCAGGACCCACCGCUCUGAGGAGGACAGGAGGAGGCAAGCAGGAAGCAGCCGACUGCAGCACAUAAUGGCCGAGAUGCUUUCCACGGAGAGGGAGUAUGUUAGGUCCUUAGGGUAUGUCAUCGACAACUACUUUCCGGAAAUGGAAAGAACGGACCUGCCCCAGGACCUUCGAGGGAAGCGCAGCGUUGUUUUUGGGAACCUGGAGAAGCUCUAUGACUUCCACCGCCAGCAUUUCCUCGCGGAGCUGGAGCGCUGCCAGCACUGCCCCUUGGCGGCGGGCCGUGGGUUCCUGAGACACGAGGAACAGUUCGGCAUGUACGCGUUGUACAGCAAGAACAAGCCCCAGUCGGACGCCCUGCUCUGCAGCCAUGGCAACGCCUUCUUCAAGGACAAGCAGCGGGAGCUGGGCGACAAGAUGGACUUGGCCUCCUACCUGCUGAAGCCCGUGCAGCGCAUGGGCAAGUAUGCACUGCUCCUCCAGGACCUGGUCAGGGAGGCUGGCUGCUGCCCCGCCUGGGAGCAGGAGCUGGGCGAGCUUCGGGCUGCCGAAGAUGUGGUCCGCUUCCAGCUGCGCCACGGAAACGACCUGUUGGCAAUGGACGCCGUCCGAGGCUGUGAUGUGAAUCUGAAGGAGCAGGGGCAGCUGAGGUGCCAGGACGAGUUUAUCGUGUGCUGUGGAAGGAAAAAGUCUCUGAGGCACGUGUUCCUCUUUGAAGACCUCAUCCUGUUUAGCAAGACCAAAAAGGUGGACGGGGGCUAUGACACCUAUACGUACAAACAGUCCUUCAAGACAGCAGAAAUUGGGAUGACAGAGAACGUCGGAGACAGCGGCUUGAGGUUUGAGAUCUGGUUCCGCAGGCGGCGAAAGUCCCAGGACACCUACAUUCUCCAGGCCAGCUCUGCAGAGAUCAAGACGGCCUGGACCCACGUGAUAGGGCAAAUCCUGUGGCGGCAGGCUCUGCGGAACAGAGAAGUCAGAAUGCAAGAAAUGGUGUCAAUGGGGAUAGGCGACAAACCGUUCAUGGACAUCCAGCCCAGCAACGCAGCCAUAAGUGACCGGGCUGUCAAGAAGGGAGCAGAGACGUGGACCCGAGCACCCGUGGUUGUGCCCCCCAGUGACCACGCCACCCCCUUUAAGAGGCCACACUCCACCAUCUCGGACAGCAGUACCUCUUCCUCUGGCAGCCAGUCGUCCGCCCUGGGGCCCCUGAGCCUGCAGGCGUGUGCCAGCCCAGCCCUGCUGAGCUCCGCCUACUGCCCCUGGCCCUACGACAUGCGCACCUGCUUGGAGGAAGAGGAUGAGCUGGAGCAGGAGACGGGGAGCCAGCCGUCCAUGCUGACCGAGGGCACGUCGUCGGGGGACAGCGGCCUCGGGCUCCCAGGGCUGUUCUCUGAGGAGGGCCACCAGAGCGCCUCCCCUGCUGUCCCCAGGAGGGGCUCACAGCCGCAGAUGCAUAGCCAGUACACCACAACGCUGUGACAUAUUCGGAAGAGGCUCAGCCCCUCCAGGGAGAAUCUCCGUCAGAGAGAGGAGAGGACCCUCCAGCCAGACCUGUGCCUGAGGUCUGGGAAUGAAGCACUCAUGCUGGGGGCUCCUGACACACCCCCACUCCUGCCCCUGGCCACACAGUCAGCAUGCCACAGGCCCCGCCUGCCUGGAUAUUGCCUGGCCUUCCUCCAUCCCACCGGCACAGUUCCUCUACCCCAGUUCAGGGGCUCAGGGGGCCAAGUGGUCCAGACCUCCAUGUCCACACUACUCUGAACUCCUCCAAUGCCCUGAAGGGUGCAGUGAGGUUCAGGUGGGAGCUCGCAGAACCCCAGUUCCCAUGGGAGGUCCAGGCAAACUUGGGGUGUCUCAGGGUAGGGUGAGCCCUCUGGGACCAUGUUUCACUGGCCCUCCAGGCAGCGCAGACCCAUGGGCCAUGGUUCCCUACACUGAAGUGUAGCCCAGGUGCAGGGGGUGCCUCUGAGCGUAUUUGGAAUCUUGGUUUUCUUUGUUUUUAACGAGACGUGUGUAGAUAGUGGGGCCACCGGUCACCACCUGUGGGCCUGGGACCCAAGUUGGGGUGAGGGCACAGCAGCUGGGCCUGAGGUCUGGGGUGUGGACUGUGCCCCGAGAGGACCACCCCUCACCAAAUGGGGAAUAAUAUUAAGCAGAGAAAGCCUGGGUAGACGCCAGACCUUGAAUGAGCUUCCUGCUGUGGGGUGUCUUCCCCACGAGACCCCUGUCCUCCGGGUGGCAGCCUGGUGCACAGGCUGGGUCCACACCACAGUGACUUGGCAAUUUUCAGCUGCUGUGUUUCUUUGUUACUUUGUUUCAAUGCUGACUUGUUCCAAACUUCAGGAACGGAAAUAAAUAAGACGUGUUUUUCUAAGACAUGGUCAUGG